AUGGAUGAUUAUAUAUUAUAAUCCGUUUUCUUGCAAUAGCUUAUCGAUCUUCUUUUUAAAAUCUCAUCAUUUCCUUUAAAAAUGUUAACAUAUUAUGAAAUUAGCAAGCACUCAACUAUUAUGACAUCACCUUUUGUACAACGUCAAAACAAGUAAACAUAUCAUGACAAAACCUUGGGCAUUAUAUUGAUUUCCAUAUUACUUUUUUAAUCGGAUAUUUUGAAUUAAAGUCUAUAUUAAAUUAUAUUAAUCACAAGACAAAUAUGCAAUUCUCUCUCUCUCUCUCUCUCUCUCUCUCUCAGCAGGACCAUCUCAUCUUCUUCCUCCGAUUCCGAUACCUUCUGCCAUAUUCACCGGCCCCCACUACCCCUAUCAAACCGCAAAAUUUCAAAUCAUCUGUCUGUGGUGUGGUGUCUAGUCUAUGCUAUACAGCUGCAGCGCACUCUCAGUUCACAGUCGACAAAUUAAAAAUGAUUGAGAUGAUUAAGUAUCUGAUCGGCUGCGCCGGAGCAAGCGGUUACGGUUCCAAAUCCACCGCCGAGCAAGUCACCGAUGACUGCCAUCGUUUAUGCUCUUGCACCGCCAUCAUCACAGGUGCGACGUCCGGGAUCGGAGCUGAGACGGCUCGCGUCCUGGCUAAGCGCGGUGCUCGUCUUAUCCUGCCUGCUCGGAAUCUAAAGGCCGCCGAGGAGAAUAAGGCUCGUAUCCUGUCGGAGUUUCCUGAUUCGGAGAUUAUUGUUAUGACUCUUGAUCUUAGCUCGCUUCAUUCCGUCAGGAGUUUUGUUUCUGAUUUUGAAGCUCUUAAUCUUCCGCUUAAUCUCCUCAUUAACAACGCCGGGAAAUUUUCUCAGAAUCACUGUAUAUCGGAAGACGGGAUGGAGAUGACGUUUGCAACGAAUUAUCUAGGUCAUUUUUUGUUAACGGAACUGUUGAUGAAGAAUAUGAUAGAGACGGCAAACAUAACCUGCGUACAAGGUCGUAUCGUGAACGUAUCUUCCGGCAUCCAUACCUGGUUUUCCGGCGACUUGAUUCGUUCUCUUGGUCGAAUCACUCGGGAUAAAAGUCAGUACGAUGCAACACGUGCAUAUGCAAUCUCGAAGCUCGCUAACGUUUUGCAUACCAAGGAACUUGCUCGGAGACUCAAGCAAAUGGAGGCGAACGUGACUGUAAACUGUGUGCAUCCUGGGAUCGUGAGAACGGGGCUAACAAGAGAUCACAAAGGCUUUGUAACAGAUCUCGUAUUUUUUCUGUCUUCAAAGCUGUUAAAAACCAUUCCUCAGGCGGCGGCGACCACAUGCUAUGUUGCAAGUGACCCAAGACUAAGAAAUGUGAGCGGAAAAUACUUUGCAGACUGCAACGAAGCUUCAGCAUCAAAACUAGCAUGCGAUCCAGAGGAAGGUGCUCGGCUAUGGUCUUUCUCUAAGAUCAUGGUCUCCAGGGAACCCAGAUCAGAUUUUUCCAGUUUCCAUGGAUUAUAUUAAUUAAUUAAUUAAUUAAUUAAACACACAUAUAUACUACAUAUAUAAUACUACAUGUUAUAAUAGCAUCAAGAUUAAAACAAGAUCUAGAUACUCAAUGGAUUAUAUAUAUUAUAUAUAUCAAAUUAAAAAAUAUACAGAUACUCUAGGAACAUGUUAUGGUUACAACAUAUAUAUAUAUAUAUAUAUAUAUAUAUAUAUAUAUAUAUAUAUAUAUAUAUACUCUAAAGAAAUUACAACAAAGAGAAGAGCUGGCACUUUUAUAAAUAUAUACAUACAU